AUUAUAAUCAUUACGUAUAGUAAGAUUUUUUGUCACGUUCUCACCUAUAUAUCAUCCUUCUAUUUUAUUACACUGUGUUCUUGUUCUGCUAAAAAUUCCUCGGCUUCACUUCCGGAAGACUCCCUGUCCGGGGUUUAAUGGCUGCAAAUGUUGGUAAUUCGAAAACUGGGGAAAUUAGUAUGCUGGAGACCAAGAGAAGUGGUGAUGUUGUUGUUAUGGUGUCUGGACAAGAAAAAGAUGUGAAGAACUCGCCCAGACAAGAAAAAGAUGUGAAGAACUCGCCACGGAGGCUUUCGAGCGAUUCCCAUUUUGAAGGUGUGAAGUUUGUGCCAAUGGGAACUCCUUCGCCUGAGAAUGCUAGGUUUGCUCCGAGUCCCAAUAGGCCUCCCAAAAUUCCGACAAAGGAGAGCACUGCCCCGCGGAAAGCACUUGCCAGGUCAGUGUACUCAAAACCCAAGUCGAGAUUUGGAGAGCAGCCUAUUUCAGUUGAGUCAUAUAUGCUUGAAGAAGAUAGCAAUUUUAUGCAAGAUUGUUUAAAAUCUAGUGGUAAUUCGCCUGCUAGAAAUAUGUCUACUCAAGCCUCGCCUAAUAGUAGAGCUGCUUCAGCUCAUAAUUCAUUUAAAGAUAUGAAUAGAAAUGUCUCUAUUAAUACUCCUAGGACGCCUUUGAUGGCAUCUCCUGGGGGUGUUAUCGUGGAUGAGGAUGAAGAGAUUUACAAGAAAGUGAGUAAUCGGAAUAAGCUGAAGUAUAAGAAGGUGAAAAUUAAGGUUUUGAUAGAUUGGAUAGUGUUUCUAGUGAUUUUGGGAAGUUUGAUUUCGUGCUUGACCAUUGAUAAAUUGGAACAUACAAGGAUAUGGGGUUUGGAGUUGUGGAAAUGGUCUUUGCUUGUAAUGGUCACUUUUUCUGGUAUGUUAUUCACUACUUGGUUUAUGCAUUUUGUGGUAUUGGUGAUUGAGAUGAACUAUUUGUUCAGAAAAAAAGUGUUGUAUUUCGUUCACGGCUUAAAGAAGAGUGCCCAGGUCUGUCUUUGGUGGACAUUAAUACUUAUAACUUGGCUUUCGUUGUUCAACAAUGGGGUUCAUCGAUCAGCUACUGCGACAAAGGUUUUGGAUUAUAUUACGUGGACUAUAGUUUCUGUGCUCAUCUGCUCAUUCUUGUGGCUCUUUAAGACAUUGCUUCUUAAGGUGUUGGCUUCUUCUUUCCAUGUAACCACAUUCUUUGAUAGAGUUCAAGAAUCAAUCUUCCAUCAAUAUGUUCUCCAGGUCCUAUCAGGGCCUCCACUGAUGGCAGGAAGAGCAGACAGUGGCAGUCAAUUUAGUUUCCGAAGUAAAAAGAUAGGCAAGAAAGGGAAAGAAGAUACCAAGAAGGCAGUAAUUGACAUAAACAAACUGCACCAGAUAAAGCAAGAAAAAGUUUCUGCUUGGACAAUGAAGAUAUUGGUAGAUGUGAUAUCUAAUUCAGGGUUGUCCACCAUUUCCAGUUCUCUAGAUGAAACUGAUUAUUACGGUAACAAUGAACAGACUGAUAAGGAGAUAACUAGUGAGAUGGAAGCAAUUGCGGCUGCCUAUCACAUAUACAGCAAUGUUGCUCAGCCUGGUUCCAUGUACAUUUAUGAAUUGGAUCUGAGGAGAUUCAUGCUUAAGGAGGAGGUUGAUCUUGUGUUUCCUCUGAUAGAUGUAGCUGAAAUGGGACAGAUAGACAAGAAAGCUUUGACGGAAUGGGUGGUGAAGGUUUAUAAUGGUCGAAAAGCUCUAGCACAUGCAUUAAAUGACACCAAAACAGCUGUGAAGCAAUUGAAUACCCUUGUUACUGUGAUCUUAAUCGUUAUCGUUUUUGUAGUCUGGUUACUCUUGGUGGAAAUUGCAACAACCAAAGUACUCCUCUUCCUUUCAUCGCAGCUUGUUGCAGCAGCCUUUUUAUUUGGAAACACUUGCAAAACAAUAUUUGAAGCUAUCAUAUUUGUAUUUGUGAUGCAUCCAUUUGAUGUCGGUGAUCGUUGUGUCAUUGAUGGUGUACAGAUGAUAGUUGAAGAAAUGAACAUUUUAACAACAGUCUUCUUAAGAUAUGAUAUGGAGAAGAUAUACUAUCCAAAUUCAGUCUUGGCUACUAAGCCCAUUAGCAAUUUCUACAGAAGCCCGGAUAUGGGAGAUUCAUUGGAGUUCUCUAUUUGCUUCACAACCCCAGUGGAGAAGAUUGGGUCUCUAAGAGAGAAGAUCAAGAAGUAUUUAGAGAGAACUCCCCAGUACUGGCAUCCGAACCACAAUUUGGUGGUGAAGGAGAUUGAAAAUGUAAACAAGAUAAAGAUGGCACUGUUUUUCAAUCACACAAUGAACUUUCAAGAAUUUGGAGAGAAGAACCGGCGAAGAUCUGAACUGGUCAUAGAAAUGAAAAAAAUAUUUGAAGAGCUGGGUAUCAAAUACAAUCUACUUCCGCAGGAAGUUCAAGUUGUGAAUUCAGAUGCGGCCAGAUGAUUACUUCUCCUCUUGUGUUCAGCGUUGCAACUUGAGGCUCGUAUGAUUCACUUGAAUGCCCUACUAGUCUACUACAGUUCUCUGAGAAGUGUUUGUUGUUUGUUGGCGCGGUGAAGAUGUGAAUGUUAGGUGCCACUGCCAAGCUGCAUGGACUUCAACUCUGUAUCUGAAAGUCUGGUCCCGAUUCCUGAGGUUGUCUUACCAGGUGACUGCAAAAACCGACCUAAAAGGAUUGCUUAAAGGAAGUUAGGACCUUUUGUUUAGUCAACUUGGCUAAAAGAUGUAAACUUGGUUGUUUUGCCUUGUGCAUUCUGUUGUCUUGGAAUUCUGUAAUAUUGCUUCAGAUCAGUUAUGCUUCUUCACCUGUGUUCAUUACUCUUUAAAUCCUAGUAUGUGCCUUUUGACUGUGCA